AUGUUUACACAUCCAUUUUCUGCUUGCUCUUAUUAUCCCCAUUUUGUUCGAUUUUCAGUUUCUGCUGAGCUUGAACGUCUCUCGCAAUCCAUGGGCACGAAGCUAUUUGAGGGCAGCGACGUGUCUGAUGAAGAAGACAUAUCGAAGAUCAAAAUCAACAAAGAGUUCGCCCGCCGUUACGAGCACAACAAGAAGCGAGAGGAUUUGCAAAAGCUCGACGAGCUCAAGAAGAACGGCGUCGUAUCUUGCUCGUCCGACUCUGACGAAUCGUCCUUCGACGAAGCGGAAAAGGACGAGUUAACUAACUCAAAGAGGGAUUUGGAGUUCUUGAGCGCGUUGAUUAAGGUCAAGAAACACGACCCUGAGCUGAGGAACAGAGAGGCUAAGCUAUUCGAGUCCGAUGACGAAGAAGACGAGAGCGGAGGAGAGGAGGUAGAAAAAAGAGAUUAGAAGGAGAAGAAGAAGCCAAUGUAUUUGAAGGAUGUGGCGGCAAGGCAUUUGAUCGAGGAGGGGGCAGAGUUUGAUGAUGAUGAUGAGGAGGAGGAGGAGAA